AAAAAUCCUUUGACGCGCCAAACACAGAGACCACUUGACUCUCUUAAACUCCGAUGAUGUCGUCCUCCUCCUCCUCCUUCUCCCGCGCCACUCUCACCCCCGAGCAAGAACUCUCCGUCAUGGUCGCCGCUCUCACCAACGUCGUCUCCGGCUCCACCUCCUCCGACGCCGUCUCCCUCCCGGACUUCCGCCUCCCCAACGCCUCCCAGCCUCUCGCCGGAAACACCUUCGCGCCGCCCACUAUGGACACGUGUCGCGAGUGCAAUAUCGCUGGCUGCUUGGGCUGCAACUUCUUCCCCGAGGAGAAAAAGAAACAGAAGAGGGCCAAGAAGAAGUACAGAGGCGUGAGGCAGAGGCCAUGGGGUAAGUGGGCGGCCGAGAUCCGCGACCCUCGCCGUGCGGCCCGUGUCUGGCUCGGGACUUUCAACACGGCCGAGGAUGCCGCCCGGGCCUACGACAAGGCCGCCAUCGAGUUCCGCGGCCCACGGGCCAAGCUCAAUUUUCCCUUAGUGGACGAGUCCUUAAGCAUGCAGCAGAGCGAGCCGCAGAGGGUUGCAGCGGAAGAACAAAUAAAGAACGAGAAUCUCAACCAGGGCAUGGAAAUGGAGACGCUGGAAUUCGGGAACAAAGAUACCGAAUUCUGGGACAGGAUUGGCGAAGCUGAUUUUCAUCAGCUCAUGAUGAUGAUGGAUUUCACCGGAGAUUCUUCCGACUCCGCCACUGGGAACACUCUUAGUUCCUGACGACUCCCACCAAUUAAGUUAAUUCAGAAAAAUUAUUAGUUUUGGUAGUGUGUGCUUAAAAAUUAGUACAACUCGGCUAAGCUAGAUUAUUUGUUAAUUACCAUUUAGCUAGCUCCAUUGCGUAUAUUUCUGUAUAUCUUUCUUCCGCUAUAUUUUACGGAGGAAGCUGCAAAGUACAAACAAAUCGAGGGUUUUUUUUUUUUUAUAUAUUUUAUUUCACUAAACAACUUCUUUUUCA